AUGAACAAAGAUAAUUCAAAAGUUAAUUUGUUUAUUUGUAUAUAUAGACAGACUGUACUUAGAAGACACAUAUUCCAUUUUAUCAACGAGAUUAGUGCACAAAGAAAUAUCAAUGCUUUGGAAGGUCAAAAGUAUUUAAAAGGAAAGGAUAUCAUUCAAUUAAGAGAUAUUAGAAUGAUAUCAAAGUAUGCAUUACCAUGGCACUUUGUAAAGCAUUAUCUACCUGAUGAUCGUAAAAAGAUUGGUCGUUAUGUUAGAUGGCAAGCAAUAAACAAGUAUGCAAGUCAUCCAAAUGCUACUGUUGAAACAUUACAACAUCUUAUAGAAUGGUCACCACAUGUCGAUUUUGUUGGUGAUUAUCUAGACAAGACUGCAAUCAAUGGAAAUCUGGAUAUAUUAAAGAUGAUUCAUCAAAGAUAUCCAAAUACAAUCAUUCAUACAAAAAAAUCAGUUGAAGGUGCUGCAAAGAAUGGUCAUUUGUCAGUCAUUCAAUUUCUUGAUUCAAUCGAUAAACAAGUACAACCAUUAAUAUUUACAACACAAGUAAUGGAUAAUGCUGCAAGUGGAGGACAUAAAAGUCUAGUUGAAUGGUUACAUCAAAAUAGAAAUGAAGGAGGAACAGAGAGAGCUAUUAAAUUAGCAUCUGAAAAUGGACACUUUGAUUGUGUAAAGUAUCUUGUAGAGAAUAUGAGUAUUAAAAAAGGAACUGAAGAGGCUAUGAAUAUGGCUGCAUUGAAUGGACAUUAUGAUAUUGUAGUAUAUUUACAUCAACAUUCAUACAUUUGUACAACUAGAGCCAUUGAUGGUGCUGCAGCCAAAGGACAUUUAAAUAUAAUUAAAUUCCUUCAAGAGAAUAGAACUGAAGGAUGUUCUCGAGGAGCUAUGAAUAUUUCAUCAGCAAAUGGUCAUUUGGAUUGUGUUAGAUUUUUACAUAAUCAUAGAAGUGAAGGAUGUACAACUGAUGCUAUGGAUGAGGCAUCUGCUAACGGUCAUUUAUCUGUGGUUGAAUAUUUACAUCAUAAUAGAAGUGAAGGAUGCACAAAAUAUGCCCUUGAUUCAGCAGCCAAAUCCAAUCACCUCUCAAUUGUGAAAUUCCUGGUAAAGAAUAGAACAGAGGGAUGUUCCAGUCGAUUAAACCAUAUCAUUGAAGAUCUUACCCCAGAAAUAGCCUCCAUUUUGGUACCAAUCAUCCCACCAAUCGAAUUAUCAAGCGAUGAUGAUAAUUUUUAUGAUGACACUGGUGAUGAUGAUGACGAUCAAGUUUACAAUAAUUAUAUGUAUUCAAACUAUAACUAUAGUUCAAGCGCACACUUUGACUUUGAUGAAUAUUAUUGGGAACCUUGA